AGCCGUGAAGCUCUAAAGUGAACAGAAUUUAAAUAUUUUUCUGAUUAUGAGGUAUCAAAAUUAAGAGUGAUAACUCUCCAAUAAUAAGUUUGUCAAAUUUUUGACUGAAAAUUUUCUGUCCUAACUCUCAAUAUGGUUUUCAUCAGUUUUAUACGCCCAUGCCGGUCUGUUAUUUACCGUCUUUCUUGUAGCCGAAACUUGUCUUCAGUACGAAGGAAAGAAGUUAAUAAAGAAAUUCGUGUUCGUUUAGCUUCUGCUUAUAGGGCAUUAGAUUCUUAUGGGCUAAAUGAAGGUGUUUGCAAUCAUUUAUCAGCAAUUGCACCUUGUUCAAUUUUGGACGCAAAUAUUAUGCUUAUUAUUCCUUUUCAUUUACAUUGGAGCGAGGUCAACCCUUCAAAUUUGAUUGAAGUGAAUGAAAAGAAUGAAGUCCUUGUGGGUGAAGGCAAGCCUGAAACAACUGCCUUCUGCAUUCAUCAGGGUGUUUACAAGAAACGGCCCGAUGUGAAAGCCAUUAUGCAUACUCACAUGCCUUAUGCCACUGCACUGACUUGCUUGAAGAAUCCCAAGUUAUUGAUGCUGCACCAGAAUUCCUCCCGAUUUUAUAAGAGAAUAGCUUAUGAUACCGAGUAUGCUGGUUUAGGAGACUUUGCUGCAGAAGGGGAACGUCUUGGAGAAGCCCUCGGACAAAAUAGUGUUCUUUUCAUGGGUAAUCAUGGAGUCUUGACUGCUGCAGAAUCUGUUGAUGUUGCUUUUGAUGAUAUGUAUUAUUUGGAAAGAGCAGCAAUGGUUCAGGUUUUAGCAUACAGCACUAAUCAAGAAGUGAAAGAAAUGGAUGAAAGGGUUGUGUCCCAUACAUCUCAACAAAUUCUUGAAGUUCUACCUCUCUAUGCAAAAAGGCAUUUGGACUCUGUUGUAAGACGUUUAAAAUUCUCGUAAGGAUUUUGCAUAAAAUAGCUUCAAACCCUCUUAACUGCAGAAAACUGUUGAAUGUUAAAUGAUGCUUAAUUUGUUUCAUUCAUAUUGAAGUUAUAAUUAGGCUCAUUUCAACAAAGUUAAAUAUUUUGUGCAAGAAGAAAAAUAUUUUUUGUGAAUGUUUAAUUUUAUGAUGCAUUUGUAAUGUUUUAUUGAAAUGUUCAUUUUAUGGUAUGUUUAUAUAGUUCUGUAAAUACUGUGAUAUAUUAAUCAUGUUGUGCUGUGGUUGGAUUUUUGCAUUGCAAGAAAUGUGUAUUUUGUGAAAGCAGUCAAUGAAAGUGAUAUUUAUAAGCUCUGAAAGUUUUCUCUUUGAAAGUUUCUGAGGGGGAAAAAGUUUUAAUAUUAAAAUCUUUUUUAAAGCAUUUAGAUAGAUAUAGCAUUUUAGAUCCUUUUAUGAUGUAUAUGCCAUGAUUUCGAUAUAAUUUUUGCCUGUGUUUUAAGAGUGUCUAAUCACUGAAUGGUUUAUAUAAAUUUUAUAUGAAUCUGAAUGAAUACAUAAAGUUAUUGAAAGUUUCUAUUUGUGCCAAAUUUGUAAUUUAUAUCUACAUUUUAUCUCUUG